AUGCUACUUUCUUCUUUUGUCCGCCAUGGCACUCUUCGGGAGGAUGGCAUUCAUCUUAAUGGUCCGUCUGAGCCUCAAAAGACCCUGGCAUCAGAAAUCUGUUGUGUAGGGACCAGCGCAGAUCCCGGAACCGACUAUCAUAUUCCGUUCGAGGAUAUCCUUUGGUGUGAGCUUGCCAACGAUGAUACGGUGGUGAAAAUCCAAUACGCUAAGAAGACAGGCAAAUCGCUCACGCUAAAAAACAUGCUAGUGGACGUGUCGUAUGCUGCUGAAGACCAUGACAUUGCCAGCAUCAUCUUGAAAAAAGCUUAUAAAGGCAGUAUUGUUGCCCCACGAGUGUUGGUGGUGCUCAAUAGCUUUGGAGGAAAGGGUAAGGCUCGGGACAUAUACAAGGAACGGAUUUUGCCCGUGCUUGAAGCUGCCAAUGUUGAUAUCACAUACCAAGAAACUACCCACCAGGGACAUGCCGUGGACAUCGGGCGUGAAGUCCAGGCGAAAUAUGAUGUGAUUGCUUGUUGCUCUGGUGAUGGCAUCCCACAUGAGAUAAUCAACGGAAUCUAUGAAAGGGAUGAUGCCGAGGAGAUUUUUGAUAAGAUCGCCAUAACACAGCUUCCGUGUGGCUCUGGUAAUGCCCUCUCGUUGAGUACGCACGGUACCAAUGAUGCUGCUGUGGCAGCGUUCCGUUUGUUGAAGUCAGAAAGAACGAAAAUGGACGUGAUGGCUGUCACGCAAAUGGAGGGCGGCGUCGAGCGUACAAGGAUAAGUUUUGUCUCCCAGGCGUAUGGAUCGAUUGCCGACGCGGAUAUCGGCACAGAGAAGUUGAGAUGGAUGGGUCCCAUCCGUUUCGAAAUCGGUGUAGCUCACAAACUUAUCACCAAGGCACAGUAUCCGUGCGAUCUCUGGGUGCACUAUGGUUGUGAAGGAGACGAGGUGAAAGACCAUUUUGACCGUCAUCGCAAAGGUCUUACCGUGGAGCACAGCAAACAGAAGUAUCCCAGUCUAAGUGAAGACCCCCCUGCUGAGUGGGAAAAGAUGCAGCAAGAUAUCGCAGACAACGUUAACAUCUUCUAUGUUGGCAAGAUGCCAUAUAUGUCCGACCAAGCCCAGUUCUUCCCAGCUGCUUUGCCUCAAGAUGGUAUGAUGGACAUGUUGGUCACCAACGCCAAAGCUCCCUUGAUUCACAUGUUGAGUUUGUUCACGAAGAUCGACCAGGGUGGUCAUGUCCACUCUAACGAAGUUAUCCACGCCAAAGUGCACGGCUACCGUUUGGUGCCACGCGUGGACGACGGUAGGAAGCACUACAUCUCGGUGGAUGGUGAGAACUUCCCAUUACUGCCAAUCCAGGUUGAGGUGGUCCCUCGAGCAGUCACAGUGUUACUUCAAAAUGGUCUCUAUGUUGACACAGCCUGGACCACCAACUGA